AUGCAUCCUGUCACAACAACGCCCCUCCUUUUCGCGCUCCUUGCGGCUCUCGAAUCCGCAACUGCCCAGUCAACCGUCGGCUUCGGUCCAUAUUUCUCGCUCGGUCCAACGCAGUCAUGGAUUCGCGAGGCGAAUACUACUCUGGUCCUGCCUGAGAUCCCGACGCCUCAGCUGCUCGACCGUCUGGCGUUAUGGCCCGGUAUGGGCACGAGUGGGGGAGAUCUCAUUCAGGCUUUGGCUGUGUCAUUUGCGGAUCCCAACGCGAACUGCGGCGCCAGUGAAGGGCAGUGGUGCACUUGGGCGAGCACACUUCAAGGAACGCAGCUAGGAGGCGAGCAGGUCCCAGCGAACCCUGGCGAUGAGAUCACUAUGCACUACGUCUACAACGAAAGCACAGGCGAGUAUGACCAGACAGUGUCUAUCAACGGGCAGGUGGUGUCCACACUCUCCACCAGCUCCGGACAAGCUCAAGGCUGGGGAACUGCAGUGGAAUGCCAGGAUGAUGCGUGUCAGAGUACAGCUGCUGCUCAUCAAUAUUUGUCCACCACGAUCACUCUCGACUCGGCGGACAACUCGUUCGGCAAUACUCUGGCCCUUAAUGAGGCUGAUUCAAGCGGUCUGACGACUGUGGAUGGUGGGAAGACUUGGACAGUGGAAACGAUCAAUAUCGACUCGCACACAUUUGCGCUGUAG